ACUCUCGACUGUUUACUUGCCAGCAGAUCGGUGCGGAGACGUGAGGACAGCUUUGUUGAUCAUAUUUUAUUUCCCUUGCCUGUAUUGUCAGUUGAAGAGCCGCAUGCAUGGAAAAAUCGGGGGUCAUUUGGUCAACGCUUUCCGUUUUGUUUGUCUGUGUCCUGCUUCAAACCUUUGCGGCUUCACCGACACAGGCACCGACAUCCCCCCCAGCUCCUUCCAGACCAUGUAGCGGCUUCAAAUCGUGCGAAACAUGUCUUUCCAACGUAACGUGUUUAUGGUGCCAGACCACCAACACGUGCACAGAUUAUCCAGUUUCCCACAUACUGCCUCCAUCUUCGGUGUGUGAGCUGUCUCAGGCUCGAUGGGGUGUGUGCUGGGUGAAUUUUGAGGCUCUGAUCAUCGCCAUGGCAGUGAUUGGUGGAACUAUCUUGCUGAGCAUCAUUGUUUGCUGCUGUUGCUGUUGCUGCCGGAAGCGUCGGUCUGGGCCUGACAGAGAUGAGGAGCAGUAUGCCAGAAGACGUGAGGAGAUCAGACAGCGUUCAGAAGAACGAAAAGCUGAAAGGAAAUCAAAACAUGAUGAAAUUCGUAAGAAAUAUGGUCUUAUUCCAGACUCUGACCACCCAUACAGCAAAUUUGAAAAUGAGUAGAAGAAAACUGCAGGUGAUAGGGCGAUCCGAGGAACGCCGCGGCCGCCCUUUUCCACACGCUCUGCUUCAUCUCUGUCGGCUUCUCAAAAGUUUUCUUUCACAAACUCUCUUAGGGGAGAGAAAGAGAGUGACAAGAGGCUAGAGUGAAAUCACCUUUAUCAACUUUAAGAUAUCUGUCUUUCUAUCUCUAUCUCUCUAUCUCUCCCUCUGGCUUGAUUUGAGGUGCAUGAUACCCGUUUCAAUUUCUUCAGAUACAUCCUGUUUUUUUUUUCUUCUUCUUCUUUUUUCUUUCAUCAGAUGAAGCAUAAUUAAAAUUGACUCACAGUUUUGUGAAAUAUUCUUUUUUUUCCCCCCCCUGUGUGAGAGGUAGGAAGCACUGAUGAAGACUUUCCGUAAUUCUACACUAUUUUGAUUGUGAAAUUAGUUUGCUAUGUGAGCUUUUGUUUUAAACGACUGUCACCUUGUUGAAGUAUUUAUAAUGUUAUGCUCAUAUU